AUGACGCGGCUGUUUGCUCUGUCAGUGGGCGCUUUGGCGCUCGCAUCUUCGGCUGUGCUUGCUCAGAGCUCCGCGGGUGACGUCCAGUCGGCUAGCGACGCAUCUUCACCGCUGCCCUCGGCUUCGACUUCACAAUCAGCACCCGUCGCAAAUGCCACGGCGUCCGCUGCACCCUUGCUUCCUGACAGCGCUACGAUGGACGUGCCUGGCGCGACAGAGUCCCCGCUAGAAUUUGCCAGCUCGGACACGGCUUGCACAGAGACGUACAGAGUGGUGGCGGGUGAUACGUGCGACAAGGUUGGUCAAAAGACCUGGACCAGCACCUACCACAUCAUGCAAUUCAACCUCAUCAGCGGACCACUGUGCUACGGCCUGGAGAUUGGCAGCACGCUCUGCCUGGGUCGAUACGGAAACGAUUGCCAGUUGGUUCACCGGGUGCGAGGAUCGGACACGUGCGAGUCGAUGGCCCGCGACUACUCCAUCUCCAGAGACACGCUCGUCAACAACAACCCCUCCAUCAACUGCGACAACCUGUACGAUGGCUUGAUGGUGUGCGUCACCGACGGAUCCGUCAGACCCCCUCCGGACUCUAGCCUCGACCAUAACGGUAUCAGGCAAAAGGUUGCCGCUCUGGAAGGCGCCAAUGAGGGAAACUCUACAGCUUCGGCCGCAGCAAGCGGUGCUAGCACCGCUGUGCAGAGCGGAAGUGCUAUUGGUGCAAAGGUCGCUCAAGCAGCCGGCAGAAAGAGCAAGGCUCAGAGCAACAAGAGCAAGGCGGAUGGAAAAGGUGCUGCCUCGAAGCAUAACAACAGCAAGUCUAACAAGGACAAAGACACCAAGAAGGAGCACGCCAAGGCGCCCGCGGACCACAAGGCUCCCACAAAGCACAAAGUCAAGCAUCACAAGGCAGAGUCUGCAUCUCACAAAACCACGGCUUCGGCUUCGGCUUCCGCUUCGGCUUCGGCUUCAGCGUCAGACUCCUCGAACGCCUCUUCUGGCUCAGCUUCUGCGUCUGA